AUGGACAGCUUGAAGAGUUGUAUGUACAUACAUUACUAAAGGUAAACAUCACCCACGUUGACACUCAGCAAAGCGUCAAAUUCAUAAGCUUUUAGUGUGCGAUAUCAGUGACAAGUGUUAAUAGCCUUAUCUAUCAGUUAAGUGAAUUAGACAGGAUCUAUAAAAAUGGUCAUGUAAAUUUGCAUGUUAGGCCAGCUGUCCAACACAGUUGCGCUCCAGGCGUCGACUAGUUAAGUGUCAACAUGACUGCAUAUAAUUAUAGCAUACAGUUUGACUUUAGUCAAUGGGAUUUUCCUGCGGAGCGCAUUUGGCUGCACAAAGCGAAUGAGGAGAUUGCGUGGAAAAUCAUCUCGUUUUUGCCACUGAUUAUUUUUGGCUUAUAUGGAAACUACAUCUUGAUCUAUCUGAUAGCCACGAAUCGUGCACUGAGAUCGCCAACGAAUUUAAUAAUAGCCAAUAUGGCAAUGGCCGACUUUCUAACCCUGCUCAUUUGCCCUGCUCUGUUCCUGAUCAACGACUUCUAUCAGAACUAUCAACUGGGCUGUGUGGGCUGCAAGCUGGAGGGCUUUCUAGUGGUUGUCUUUCUGAUCACAGCCGUACUGAAUCUCUCGGUGGUCAGCUAUGAUCGUCUCACAGCGAUUGUUCUGCCCCAGGAGACGCGCCUGACGCUGUGCGGUGCGAAUAUUGUCAUCGCUUGCACAUGGCUGGCGGGGCUGUUGCUGGCUCUACCCUUGGCCAUUUAUCGGCAGUACAGGGUGCGUAUUUGGCGAAACUUUACGGAACGCUACUGCAAGGAGAAUAUGACUGUGCUGCCCAAGUACUGGUAUGUGCUGAUCACGGUACUGGUCUGGUUGCCACUGAGCAUUAUGCUCAUCUGCUAUACGGCUAUAUUUAUAAAGCUGGAUCGCUAUGAGAAGCGCGUCUUGAGUCGCGAAAAUCCACUGAGUGUCAGUUAUAAGCGCAGCGUGGCCAAAACGCUUUUCAUUGUGGUCAUUGUUUUCGUGCUGCUGCGUUUGCCCUUCACCAUUUUCGUGGUGCUGCGCGAAAAGUAUUACAGCAGCGAGUCGAGCGUGGAUUGUGGCAUGAAGUACUUUUCAUACUUUUCGCAAUAUCUCAUAUUUGUCAAUGCCGCCGUCAACCCCAUCAUCUAUGGCUUCAACAAUGAGAACUUCAGACGUGCCUAUGCACAAAUCGCGUGUGUGCAAAAGCGCAGAGCCGCAAACGCAAAUCGUAUUCAUCAUUGUUUGUAUUGUGAUUUCAUUCAAAAUAACAAAUCUACACAAGCGAAUGCCGGACAGAGAUCGGACAAGGAGAUAUCACAGUCUGCGGCCAGGGUAACUAAAAAGCUGGAGGAAACAUCCAAUAUCAAUGAGACUCUAAUGCCACAGCUUAAUGGCGAGGGGUUUAUUUAAAGUCUCAAUUCGUAGUUUUUCAAUACGGUUAUAAAGUCUUCUAAUCAGGCGAAUCCCAAUAAUAAUCUCUUAUUGUUAUAAUUCAAACGAUUUUCAUAAGAAUUCCAAGUAAAUACACUUCCUAGGCUUUAAACUCUGAUUACUUUUUCAAAACUCAACCAAUCUUCCUUGUGGAAUA